UGUAGAAUCCUCAUCUGCUUCACAAUGGUGCUUUUUCCGGACUCUCCCGCACCUUCGAAAAUAGACCAAGAAAAUACAUAAAAAUAUCACCAAGUGAACACGGACAGGCACACCAAGUCUAAGCGUUGCCUUGGAGACAGGAAGCCGCCCUUACAAACGGAGAGGACCAGCAGCAGCAUCACCGUGUAACCUUCAUCAGCAGAGAAGUGUCCCCUAUGGGGAUCACCCUUCCUCUGUUCACCAUCAAGGCAUUAGCGUAGGACAGGUGAGACAGUGCAGCAGGCAGGAUCGAGACAGCGUCACUUUUCCACUCUCCCUCGGUGGGUAAAUGUCCACCCUUCAUCACUAAUCUGCAGAGAGAAAGGCUGCUUGGUGAAGGAGCCUCAGGACUCCCGGGGGAUGAUGAACCGCUACACCACGCUGAAGCAACUCGGGGAUGGCACAUAUGGCAGCGUGAUCCUGGGCAAGAACAAUGAGACUGGGGAGCUGGUGGCCAUAAAAAGGAUGAAGAGGAAAUUUUAUUCCUGGGAUGAAUGUUUGAAUCUAAGAGAGGUGAAGUCACUGAAGAAGCUGAAUCAUGCCAAUGUGGUGAAACUGAGGGAAGUCAUCAGAGAAAACGACUACCUCUACUUUGUCUUUGAGUAUAUGAAAGAAAACCUCUAUCAGCUCAUGAAGGAAAGAAACAAGUUGUUCCCUGAGUCAGUCGUCAGAAACAUGACAUUUCAGAUAUUACAGGGACUCUCCUUUAUUCAUAAACAUGGGUAUUUCCAUCGUGAUAUGAAACCAGAGAACUUGCUCUGCAUGGGCCCAGAGCUGGUUAAGAUUGCUGAUUUUGGACUAGCCAGAGAAAUCCGCUCCCAGCCACCGUACACUGAUUAUGUGUCCACAAGAUGGUACCGAGCCCCAGAGGUUCUGCUAAGGUCGAACUCCUACAGCUCACCCAUCGACAUCUGGGCCGUGGGAUGCAUCAUGGCGGAGCUCUACACCCUGAGACCGCUGUUUCCUGGCAACAGCGAGGUGGACGAGAUCUUCAAAAUCUGUCAGGUGCUGGGAACCCUCAAGAAGUCCAACUGGCCUGAGGGCUUCAACCUUGCUGCCUCGAUCAACUUCCGUUUCCCAAAGUGCGUCCCCACCAGCCUCAGAUCCCUGAUCCCCAACGCCAGCAACGAGGCGAUCACACUGAUGAAGGACAUGCUGCAGUGGGACCCUGAGAAAAGACCAAGUGCUGUUCAGGCUCUACGGUAUCCGUACUUCCAUGUCGGCCAGGCGCUCGGUGCUCCUCUAAAGCACUCAGAGCAGCACAAGGCUCAGGAAAAGAUGUGCGAUGCAGCCGCAGAGACAAAGCCUCUGUCCCUGUGUAAGACGGACCGAGAGUCCAGUGAGCCAAGCAAGAUUCAGGCAGAGUGGCAGACCUGCAGCCAGUCUCUCCACCAACCCCUUCAGCAGAUCCCUCUACCUCAGAACAACAUAGAGCAGAGCACAAAACAAGUGACGUGCUGCACCGUGGAGGCAGAGGGGCAGCAGGAGCCUCUCAGCCUGGUGAAAAACAGGAAACCAGUGAGCUGGCAGGCUCCUACAAGGGCGUCUCCCACAGGAGCAGAGAACAGCACUUGUGGAGUUAGGACCGGACGUCGACGAUGGGGCCAGACGUCUUUCAAGUCCGUCGACAGCUGGGACGACAGCGAGGAUGCAGAUGCUGGAGUUUCAAUUUCCAAAAAACCCACCAUCAGCUCUCUGAAGGACAAGGCCCUGGGCGGGCCCGGCUGUCGAUUUCCAGAGUCCAAGAACAAUACAGGGUCGAAGCAGUCGAGUAACAGUGGGCUGAACAGAGCCGAAUCCACCACCUUAUCUGCCAAGCAACACUACCUGCGCCAGUCCAGAUAUCUGCCGGGUGUGAAUCCGAAAAACAAGUCCCCAGUAGGAGGCCAGGUGGUCAGCCAAAACCUUUGGGGCAGAGGACAGGGGCUGGACGUCCCUCUACAUGACGAGUCCUUCAUGAACACCUACAACAACCCGACCAAAACACGUGUCUCACCUUGUCAGAAGCCUGGAACAGGUGCAGACAGGAGGCAGAGGAUGACUCUGGCACCCAUAGGAGGCACCUCUGCAAUUGAUCUGUCGCCUGCUGCUGAUCUAAGAGUCGAGUCUAAAAUCAAACCGUCCAAGUGCAAGCCCUCCUCAAAUAAAGUUUUGCUCUCAAAUGAAGGUAAGCACCAGCACACGCAGCCUCAUGUCUCUCUUCGUCUACAGCCUGAACACACUCUUCUUCUCUUUCACGAUGAUCCUUCAGAAUAUGAAGGCUGGAGGAGCAGAUCUCAGAAUUCUCAAAUCCCUGGCACCGGCAUUAUGGGACAGAACGCCUUUUCAAAGAGCACAAACAUCCAGCCAGUGCACGGACGAGUGGACUGGACUGCCAAAUAUGGAGGCCACCAGUAGCACAGCUCUGCUCCAACAGUGACUCAGUCCCCAGUGCACUUUUGCCAGGAAACUUCAGCGGAAAAGUGUGUGUUACUGCCAACAGUGUGCAGAAGUGUUUCCUGUUAGUAUGUUGUUACAUUUGCUACACUAAUAAUUUUGUUCAGUGUUGUAAAAGUGACUCAUCAGACUCCCAUGACCUCUGCUGUCUGUGUUUUUUAAAUAAUUCUCUAGAAAAUCAAAUUAUUUUUUAUUACA